AUGGGGGAUGCGGCGAGUCGCUUCACCUCAGCUACCCCGGUGAAUCCGCAAAAGUUGACUCCGCGGCAGCUGCAGCAGCUACUGAGCCAUUUUGGUUUAAAUGAGCUCUCUCCGUCGAAGGCGCGUAUAUCUUUGCUCGGUUUCGUCAGAGCAUUCCCUGGAGUGCUGCAAGGGCAUGCAAUGCUGCUGCUGCCGACGCUGAAGGAAAUAGCGCGGCAGCAGCAGACGCACCCGCACGCGCAUGGGCUCUCCUUUGCUAUUCUGAGCAGCAGCAGUUUGGUUCCCGAGACUGGCAGUGUAUCUACAGACAUAGUAGGCAAACGCUGCGGUAAAGCCAGUAAAAAGCAGCGGGAGGCCUUGAAAACGGCAAACAGCAUUGCACUGCAGGAGGUCAUUGACUCCAUCUCCUCUUGCUGUUCCGGCGAGGCCCCAGAAACGGAAAUGCUGCUCACAGAAAGGAUGCUGGGGAGAAUCGCGAGGAGCUUCGAAUCUAGAUCGCUCUUAUCAGAGGAAAACGAACACGUGCGCCAGUCGCUUGAGUCCAUAGGGGGCUUAUGCAUUGACCCACGGGUCGCAAGAAGAGGAUCAAUCAAUCGUAGUGCAAGCGGAAGCGUCAGCAGUGGCAGCAGCCGUCUGAGCCUUACCUACGUCUCUCUCGGUUGCAGCACUCGGGCCUGUGUCGCGCUAAUGCAGAUUCUGCAGUACGGGUAUUUGGAGCUGAUGUACUUGCUAAACCCAAACAGCCUCGUGUUUCAAGACAAGGUGGCGCGUACAACAAGCGGCUUGAGUUGCAACCAAGCACAGGAGGUACAGACGAAAGGCGUAUCAGCUCGCGGCGUGCACGCGUCCUCUGCAUGGGACGCGGCGCCAGCCCUAAGGUUGAUGUUCCCGAAGGAGUUGAACUUCACCUUCGCUAUUCGCGCGAUGGCUGCUGCUUUUGCGGAGGCAGCCGCACCUACUAGCAUCCACGCAGCCACCCCCACUGCGGCAGCAGUUGCUGCUGCAGUUGUAGCAGUCACCCAGAUAUCAGGGCUGCCGGACGGCAACAGCAACAACAGCAACAGCAGCAGCAGCAGCAGCAGCACGGUGAUGCGCAGAGGCGCCAGCAGCACAGAGCUCGCGGCGCAGGCCUCAGGAGCUGUUCUGCAUGCAAGUUCUGGCACAAUAGGCAGCGGCGGCUUGCGCAACGAAGUUUUUGCAGUCCUGUCGUGGAUCAGAGCAGCCUUGCCUGUGCUCCCAGCCCUCUGCACCCUAGGAGUCGCAGCGCAUCUUCUGGGGGACACUGUCUUCGACGGCCAGCCACAACCAGAAAGGAACGAUUCCAGCCUAGCUGAUGUGCAGUACACAGUCUAUGCAACACGGCGUCGACAAGAUAACCGUUCAUCUUUGCGCGACUCAGCGAACGGCAGGGGGCGAGGCGAAGGCGGCGCAGCCAUCGGACAGCCGAGGUCACCUGCAUGGAAGCGGAGCCCCAGUGCAGAAGCAAUUGCGGAGGCGACGAAGGGUUGGCAUGGGCAGGGCACGCUUGACGCACGCAGCAAAUGCUUCACUGACGAGCACGCAUUCGUGCUUCGAAUGGCCUCGAACCUGUUCCAGUUCCCUCCAAAGGCUCCGUGGACCUGUCUUUACGCUUCUUGGAAGCACGGCAAGUCUUCACCAACGGUUGCAGUUGAGAGUUAUUUAAUGUUGAAUUGCACCAGCUUCAGUAGACUCUGUGCAAAUUGCUUCUUCUACUCCGCCCCUAUGGUGGCUGUCGUCAAGACGGAAGAAGGCCAGGUGCUUGGCGCUAUCAUUUCGUGUGAAUUGAAAGAAGGUGGACAUAAUUUCUUCGGCGACGCCAACACGUGCUUGUUCUCGCUGGAGCCGCAGCUUAACAUCCUGAGAACGAGUGGCUUGGGGAGGAACUAUGUUUACCUGAACACGAAAAACAAGUUUCACCCAAUUGGCUUGGGAUUCGGUGGCCAAGUUGGUGCAUUCCGCUUCUGGAUUGGCGACGAGAUGAAGGACUGUUACAUCACCAAGAGCGAUUGCACCUACUCACCUGGGCGGAUGCUGCAGACGAUGAACGAACCCAUUCCGCAGGGUUGUGAAACCCUUGAUGCCGUGGCUGCCUUGGCAACAACGUUAGAAGGGGUGGGCACUGGUACGAGCACGUCGACGUCAUCAAGACCGAAGGCGGAAGCAGCUGCGACUACACCUCCAAGCGUUGAGGAGACGCUCUCCGCCAACUUUCUGUGCCCGCUUCACGUGAAGGAACUUGAGAUCUGGGGCACAGGGGACGCCAGUGUUCUGGAGCAGCAGCGGGCGCUCAUGAGACAGCAAGAUCAGCUGCGUCAAGAACGGCGUCAAGUGGACAAAGGGCGCCUUCUAGACAACAGCUUUGAUAGAGAAUUCCUUCUAGGCGGCACCUUCAACCGCGCCAAGGGACCCGAAGCGCCGGCAGUCUAG